GUACCAAGUACCCACAGGGAGUGUGUGUAAAACUUCACUAUCCUUACUCAUGUAUGAAUAGAUAGGUAAUGUCUGUGGAUGCUAGAUAGCUCCUACGGCCGUAUUCACAAUCGAUGCGAAGCCCUUUUGCGACGGGAAUUUGCGAAGGCGAUUGCAUGGUUUUACCAACGGAGGUCGGCACUGAUUGGCUCUCAGAACCUAAAUUUGCGACCGAAUAUUGGAACAGUUGCAUGAGCCUGUCGCUGGGUUAUAGGCAUGCAAUGCUACUUUGCAAAGCACAAUAAUUACUGCAAAUUACUUUUUUGGCAUACAAAAGUAUUGUGAUAUGCUGAAUUUUAUAGAAAAGUAUUAUUUGCAGUACUGUAAAAGAUAUAGUUUUGGAAACAAAUACCCAAAACUAUGUACACAAGAUCACCGAGUGAAUGCGAGACUUUUGUUGACAUUUCUUCAGGCUGGAAGUAAGACCGCCUCUAUUUUCUACAUACGUCUUCUAUCAAAAAAACAUCGUUUUGGAGAAUGGAUCAUUUGCAACAUUUGCAGCAUUUGCAGCAUCUGCAACAUCUUGCUGCUUUACAGAGAGCAGCCACAGUUGAAAGAUAUGUGGUACGUGAUAGGAUGAAUCCUUUUCAAUCCUACAGCAACAAAGAAUUCAUUGCAAGAUAUAGGCUGACUAAAGAGUGUGUCACUGAACUGCUAGAGACUAUCAGACACCAUCUAGCAAUAGUUCAUAAUAACAGAGGUAGCCCGAUCCCACCUCAUCUUCAGCUAACCAUAGCUUUGAGAUACAUGGCAACUGGUAAUUUUCAGCUGAGCAUGGCUGACUGUUCAGAUGUGUCCCAGUCCAGUGUCAGUAGAUGUGUCUCAACUAUUGCAGCCAGGAUAGCAGAACUGGCACCUAAGCACAUCAAGUUCCCAGAGCCAAUCAAUGAAGAGACCAUCAUGAGCCAGUUUUCUGUGAUUGCUGGAAUGCCAGGUGUAAUUGGGUGUAUAGAUGGAACACACAUUCCAAUUAGAAGUCCUGGUGGAGUAGAUGUUGAACUGUACCGAUGCCACAAGGGAUUCUUCUCUUUGAAUGUGAUGGGUGUCUGUGAUGCUUCCCUAAAAUUUUUAAAUGUUAUUGCUAACUGGCCUGGUAGUGCCCAUGACUCUCGAAUUUUCAAUGAGUCACUUUUAUGUGAGGAGCUGCGAUCAGGCAUUUAUAAAGGCUUUCUGUUGGGGGACAGUGGGUAUCCUUGUAGGUCCUACAUUCUGACUCCUUUUGGUAAUCCUAGUACUGAUAAGCAGAGUAGGUAUAAUUCCUCCCAUGUCAGGACUAGGAAUACUAUAGAGAGAGCAUUUGGUGAGCUUAAAAGGAGAUUUGCUGUCCUAUCUAUACCAAUGAGGACUAAGUUGGACACAAGCAUAAAAUCAUUAUGGCUUAUCUACCAGAUGUCCAACUUGAUCCUCAAGAUGCCCAGAUAUCAGAGCCCAGGAUGCGCAGGAAGACAAUACCCGGAGAAAUUUUAUUGUUGA